GUGUUUCCACCUUACAAAACCCUAGCUUUGCAGGACAGUAAAACUGAAGCAGAAGAAGAAAGGGUUUGAAAACCAUGUCAUCGCGAAGCAACAGUCCGCGCUUUUCCCUAAGCGAAAACGAAAGUUCCGAUUCCGGCGACCACCCCCUCGGAGAACGGAGCAUUGAAGGCUCUGAUUCCGAAGCCAGUGAAAACUCCGGUUCCGACCGCCAGGUAUCCGAACCCAGUGAUAACUCCGAUUCCGACCGUCGCCGUGGAAAAAGAAACAGGCACGCGAGCCCAGUUUUUGACGAAUCAUCGCCGAAACGGCGGAGGAGGGGUGGCAGGAUAAGGAAACCGGCCGUCGAUGUGAUCACCGCAUUGCCCGACGCUUUAAUCCUCCACGUUCUCUCCUUCUUACCGAUCAAAGAUGCCAUCAAAACCCAGGUUCUUUCAAAACGAUGGCUACAUCUCUGGACUUACAUCCCAUCCCUCGUAUUUCUUCGUGAGUCCGAUUCCUCUGACACAAGUGUUAGGGACUUUGUUACCUUUGUUGACAGAACCCUCUUCCUCUGCACCUGUUCUAAGCUCAAGAAAUUGGGGUUUCAAUUUGCAUACGAGACGGAUUACGCUUCCAAUGUCAAUCUAUGGACUCGAUUCGCAACAGGGAGGGGGGCGGAGGAGCUUCAACUUGACUUCUACCAUUAUAAUAUGUAUGAGGACCAUAAUAAUAUGUAUGAGGAUGAUAGUUACUUGCUACCACAACUUCUUUAUACUAAUUCAUCGUUCAAAACAUUGAAGUUUUCCGUGUGCAAGGUUAUUCCCAAAGGAGUUGUUUGUUGGAAUUCGCUGAAGAAAUUGUCAAUUGGGUAUGCGGAGUUGAGUGAAGAUGUGAUUGAGAAGAUAUUGGCAGGUAGUCCUGUGUUGGAGAUUCUGGAGUUGUAUGCCUUUUAUGGUUUCGAUCGUUUGCAUGUUAGUAAUGCAAGUGUGAAGAAGUUGAUACUAAGAGACGUUUGGGAACAUGAAGAAGAAUACCCAACCGACGGAUACCAUUCCGUGUUGGAAGUUUCAGCUCCUCAUCUUCAUUCAUUGGAGAUUUCGGGUGAUUUAUGUGAUAAAAUUUGUCGGCUUGGGGAUAUAUCUUCUUUGGUUGAUGCUAACCUCAAUUUUGACAUGACGUUGUAUAGAGAUCGUGCAAAUGAGCAUAUAAGGUUUGAAAAUACGUUAAGAGGACUUCUCCAGAGCCUUGUUCAUGUGAAGAAGAUCACUUUAGGUACUUUUGCUAUACAGGUACUAAGUAUGAUGGAAGCGAAAGGAUUGCGCUCUGCACUAUUGAACUGUGAGUUUUUAGCAUUAGAUACGAGUAUCCGGAAAUCACUCCUCCCUGGGAUAGCAAACAUACUGGAAAGUUCACCUAUUCUGGAGACAUUAGUCAUAAUUGAACCCUCUUCCCCCUGUGCCGAAUACUUUCGUCCUGAACUCACCGGACUUCACAAUUUUGACGAAAACAGCUAUUGGACAUCAAAAAGGAAGCCUUUGAAGUGUUUGAUGUUGCGUCUCCAAGAAGUUAAGUUUAUCAGUUUAGGAAGGUAUGACCAUGACUGUGACUUCCACUUGUCUUUUGCACAAUUUCUACUGAAGAAUGCAAGGGUGCUCCAAAAGAUGGUUAUUGAUCUGGAAAUGCUAAGCCGUAAUUGGCCAAAGGAAUUUGUCCGAGCAGCUCGAAAGCUUUCAAGCUUUGCAAGAUCCUCUCCCAACGCAGUAGUUUUGUUCUGAAAUGGACAGCUCAAAACCAUAUUUCUUUCUUAGCUAUUACUGGUCUGUGCUGCUGCUUUUCUGAUGCAGCGCUAUAGUUAUUGGAUGUCUUAAUAAUAUUAACUUGUUAAACCAUUUUUCUUUCUUAGCUAUUUUACUUGUUAAUAGUUUAUGUAUGUGCAAUAUUAUUUUACAUCAAGGGUUCGGUUACA